AUGUUUCUCUAUUUCAGAUCGACACGCUCAGUUGAAGCACUCACUACGUUUGUCAAACAGCAACUUGCGUCCAGUAUAAAAAGUUUCGGGAAUAAGGAAGAGUUGGAGCAAAAAAUUGAUAAAUCGAAACGCAACAUAAUCGCUUAUUUCGCAAGCAAGGAUACCAAUGAAUUUCAAAAUUUCCAGAAAGUUGCUGCAAUUCUGCGCGAGGAUUGCGCUUUUUGGGUCAGCACUGAUAGCGGCGUGAACUCAGUGGAAGAGAACGUGAUGAAUUUCCGAGAUCCAGAUACUGAAGAUGAACAGAGGUUCACAGGCAGAUUUUCGGACUAUGACUACCUGAAGCAGUGGCUCACUGACAAAUGUAUACCGCUUGUUCGCGAAGUAACGUUUGAAAAUGUUGAAGAGCUUACAGAAGAGGGCUUGCCGUUCCUGCUCUUUUUCAGGAAUCCAAAAGACAAAGAAGGCGACAAAAAGUUCACAGAAUUAGUGAGGAUUUCUUAUCGUGUUAAACGAAAUUUUAGCUCAGUAAUUUCGGAUAUGGAUAAUCUGUACGAGUUGGUCGCAGUCUUCUCAUGGAUGGCAUUUGGCAAGUAUUUGCAGGUAAUGCGCGAACUAUACGACCAGAAAAGUGCGGUUAAUGCUUUGUUGGCAGAUGGACAUAAAUUCGCUCAUCCACUGAAACAUCUAGGGAAAACAGCACAGGACUUACCGGUUCUGGCAAUUGAUUCGUUUCAGCAUAUGUUUUUAUUUGACAAUAUGGAGGAGCUACACGUCCCCGGAAAGCUUCGGCAGUUUGUACUGGACUUGCAUUCGGGGAAAUUACACAAAGAUUUUCAUGAAAAUCUGGACCAGAAAGUGAUGGAUUUGCAAAAAUUAGCACUGGAAAGGCCAGAAAUAUUUGCCGAAGAUGAUGCAAAACCACCGGCUGCUGUUCCUCAAGCUGCGCCCCCUUCUUCUGUGUUUAAAGAAUUGAAACCUUCCGAAAAUCGUUAUUCUUUGCUACGAAAGACUGAAUUGUAA